GGCAGCUCUGCGCUGCAAGGUGAAGGAACUGUCCAUCACAAGCCGGGGGGAGCGUGAGCGAGAAGGAACGGGUACGGGGUAGCCGAUUUAACUGAAAAUCGGAGCCGAGAGAGGAGCGCAAGCCAUGGCUACGUUCUCAGCUCUUGGACUACUCUUCCUCUGCCAGCUUUUGACAUCAUCUCUAGCCCAGAGAGCCGGCCCUCGAGGACCACCUGGCCUGCCAGGACCUUCGGGACCCCCAGGGAAGGAUGGCAUUGAUGGUAAACCGGGUCCACCUGGAAUUCCUGGCAAACCUGGACCUAAAGGAAAAGCAGGGGAGCCUGGAACAGCAGGAAGCCCAGGAUUACCUGGUCUGCCUGGAGUGGAUGGUCUGACUGGUCCGGAUGGCCCAGCAGGGAAGGAUGGGCCACCAGGAGAAAGAGGGGAAGCUGGACCACCUGGCCCAGGGGGACCUCCUGGCAGGGGGAGACCAGGAGCUCCAGGGCCACCGGGAGCCAAUGGGCUGCAAGGAGGAUUAGGGCCACAAGGGCCAGUGGGUCUGGAGGGUCCUCCAGGACUUCCUGGCCCCCCAGGGCCUGAUGGACCCCCAGGUCUACCUGGAGUCUUCCCAGAUGGCAGUGGAGAUGUCGUGUGUCCUGCCAUCUGUCCUCCAGGUCCUCCUGGCGCUCCUGGAAUGCCAGGAUUCAAGGGUCACACUGGCCACAAAGGGGACAAGGGAGAACCUGGGAAAGAUGGAGAGAAGGGUGACCCUGGGCCACCUGGACCACCUGGCAUUCCCGGCACUGUCGGCCUCCAGGGCCCUCGAGGUUUGAGGGGACUGCAGGGUCCAAUGGGUGCAGUGGGAGACAGAGGUUUACCUGGGUUCCGUGGCAAGCCUGGCAUUGCUGGUGUCAUUGGGAAAACAGGUGACGCUGGAGAAAAAGGACCACAGGGAUUCAAUGGGCCAAAGGGGGAGAUUGGCAAGAUCGGUCCCAAAGGGGCUCCUGGGGGACCCGGACCCAAAGGGGAGCCUGGCAUACCUGGCAGGGAUGGGAAAGAUGGCACACCAGGCUUAGAUGGGGAGAAAGGUGAUGCUGGUCGUCCUGGGGUACCUGGGGAGAAGGGUCCUAAUGGACUUCCUGGUUUGCAAGGAAAGGCUGGCAGCAAAGGAGCUAAAGGAAUGAUUGGUGAUCAAGGAGAGAUGGGAGAAGCAGGUCCCUCUGGAGAGCCAGGUAUUCCUGGUGAAAUUGGUAUUCCAGGAGAGAGAGGGGAGGCAGGACCCAGAGGAAUAGCAGGAAGCAUUGGACCAGUAGGAGACACUGGGGCUCAAGGUGUCAAGGGCUUCCAGGGCCCAAAAGGUGCCUUGGGGGACCCAGGCCUUCCCGGCCCAACAGGAAUCCGUGGAGGGUUUGGCGAUAGGGGUCCAGUUGGAGCAUCCGGCCCCAAAGGAGACAUGGGUGUUGCUGGUAGUGAUGGUCUGCCAGGAGAGAAUGGAGAGCCGGGCCCAUUCGGUCCUGUUGGACAAAAAGGCGAGCCUGGGAGCAGGGGUGAACUGGGACCGAAGGGAGUGGCUGGACCCCAGGGAGAGAUCGGGGCCAGAGGGGCACCUGGAAAGCCUGGACUCAUGGGUUUCCAAGGCGAGCAGGGCCUACCUGGCAUUGCUGGCAAGAAUGGCGUUCCUGGUAAAUUGGCAAGUGAACAGCACAUCAGAGAGUUGUGUGGAGGAAUGAUUGAUGAUCAAAUUGCACAACUGGCUGCCAACUUGAGGAGACCCUUGGCCCCAGGCAUGGUGGGUCGCCCUGGGCCUGCUGGGCCCCCAGGGCCACCUGGUGCUGCUGGCUCAAUAGGGCACCCAGGCGCCCGUGGGCCCCCAGGUUACAGAGGGCUGCCAGGAGACCUGGGUGACCCUGGUCCCAGAGGUGAUGUUGGUGAACCAGGUGACAAAGGACCUGUUGGUAAGGCAAUUGUAGGUCCUACAGGAGACCAAGGCCACCAAGGUCUCCCUGGAGUACUCGGAAUCAUCAAACACGGGCGUGAUGGUGCCCCUGGAGAUCCAGGUGAGCCUGGCGAACCAGGCCGGACAGGCAGCACCGGGCACCAGGGAACCCCUGGAAUCUGUGACACAUCAGCCUGCCAGGGAGCGUCGGUUGCCGGGAAAUCCUCCAAUCCCAAGAACCAUUAAACCCUGCGCUCCCCCUUGUCCCCUUCAGGAGAGAAGAGGAAAAAAGUCACAGAAUUUUCUUUGAAUAUAUUUGAAACCAAACAGGAACAAUAACGAAGACAAGAGGGUGGAAACAGCCAAGGAAGUGACCUGACUGAAUAUUUGAGAACAAAAAGACAGUGGGGGAAGGUAGAGACUUAAAACCAAGACUCCAUCAAGGAAGUGGACAGAAGAGAAAAUAUGUCAUUAAUAAUCCAGAGCGAACCAACACCAGCAUCGCUUCACACCAUCAAAAAAAAAAAAAAGAAUUAAAAACAAGAAUAACUUUACUGGAAAGGUGCUUGUAGACAUUUUUUUAAAUAUGUAAAAAAAGAUGUGCUCUUUUUUUCCCAUGAACCCCUGCUUUCCA